AUGACUCCCCGCCCACCAACACUCCGACAUUCCCAGGCCUUGAAGCCUGUCAAGCCUCCCAAAGGCCAUUUCUAUUUCGCAGGAAGAACGUUCCCCCGUCUGCCAUGGUGGAAACGCAAGCAUAUGAGAACACUCUACAUCUAUAUUGUGGUUCUCAUUGCUACCAACACGGCGAAUGGUUUCGACGGCUCCAUGAUGAACGGUCUGCAGAGCUUGAGCUACUGGCAAGAAUACUUUGACCAUCCCAAAGGCUCAAUCCUCGGUCUCUUCAAUGCGUCCAUGAGCUUGGGGUCAUUGAUGGGCCUGUUCUUCAACCCGUAUAUCAUUGAUUACUUUGGUCGCAAGUCUGGUAUUGUUCUCGGUUGCGUGAUCAUGUUGAUUGCCGUGGGCCUGCAAGCUGGGGCCCAGAAUUUCGGGAUGUUUGUCGCUGCUCGUCUCACUCUCGGCUUUGGGGAUACUAUCGUCCUUGGCUCCGCACCAUUAUUGAUUGCGGAAAUCUCGCAUCCCCAAGAUCGAGCUGUCCUUGUCACUCUCAGUGGCGCUUCUUAUCAUUCUGGUGCUUUCAUCGCUUCAUGGGUGACAUAUGGCACUCUCAAGAUCCAGAGCGACUGGUCGUGGCGACUACCAAGUUUACUGCAAGCCAUUUGCACUGUUGUUAUUGUUGGAAUGAUUUGGUUCAUGCCUGAAAGCCCUCGUUGGCUCAUGAUGAAAGACAAGCACGAUAAAGCUCUCCAUGUCCUCGCCAAAUACCAUGCCGAGGGCGACAUCGAUGACGAGUUCAUCCAGCUAGAAUACGCAGAAAUCCGUGCUGCUAUCGAUGCUGAUCGAGAAAGUGGACAGACUCAAUGGGUUGAUUUCCUAAAGACCAAGGGUAACCGCAAGAGGAUCGGUAUUAUCACUGCGAUCGGUUUCUUCUCACAAUGGUCUGGCAAUGGUUUGAUCUCGUAUUAUUUGAAGCAAGUCAUGGACAAUGUUGGCAUCACAAACGCACAGACCCAGCUUGGCAUCAAUGCUGGUAUGAAAUCACAGGCUCUGAUCGAAAACAUUGCCCUCUCGUUCUACAUUGACAAGUUCGGACGACGCCCCAUCUACCUCAUCUCCACAAUUGGUACUUUGGUCACCUUCACCAUUUGGACCAUCAUCUCUGCCAGAUACGAAAUUGCCCCUGCUAAAGGACUUGGCUAUGGUUUUGUCUUUAUGAUAUUCUGCUAUGGCUUGUGCUACGAUUUCAAAUCUGGUCUCAUGGCAAAUUACACUACCGAGAUCUUGCCAUACGGCCUUCGAGCAAAGGGCUUCACCUGGCUGAACUUCUGUGUCUGCGCUGCUCUCUUCUUCAAUCAGUACAUCAAUGCCAUCGCCUUGGACGCACUCCAUUGGAAAUAUUACCUUUGCUACUGUGUGUUCCUUGUAUUUGAGGUUGCAGUUGUCUACUUCCUUAUUGUCGAGACGCGCUAUACGCCUAUGGAAGAAAUUGCAAAAUACUUUGAUGGUGAUGCUGUUGACGUGGCUGAUAUCGCCAAUGCUGAGAUGAAGGAGAAGGGUAUUUUGACUCAUGUCGAGGUCAAAGAGAAGAGUGCUGUAAGCCAGGUCGAGGAUGCUUGA